GGAAUCAUUGGUCCUCCACCCGUCCAUCGGAGACAUGGCUGCCUCGGCGGCGGCGGCGGGUUCUUCCCCCGGGUUGUGCCCCAGCUUCGCCGUGAUCUGCUCCUUUUUAGAGCGCUACGGAGCUCAGCUGGAUCUACCGGAGCUUACAUUCCCACAGCUGGAGCGCUAUCUGGAGGAAACGACGGCAGUUCCGAAGCUCUUGGUGGACCUCCAUGUAAAGUUAUUGAGGAAGAUCGGAAAGUCUGUUUCUGCCGACAGGUGGGAGAAGUACCUCGUUAGGAUAUGUCAGGAGUUCAACACCACCUGGGCAUGGGAGCUGGAGAAGAAGGGCUAUCUGGAGAUGACCGUGGAGUGCAAGACAGGAAUUCUCAAGUAUUUAUGCGAAUGCCAGUUUGACGACAAUGUCAAAUUCAAGACUGCCAUCAAUGAAGAAGACCCAGAUAAAAUGCGCCUGCAGCCCAUCGGCAGGGACAAAGAUGGGCUCAUGUAUUGGUUCCAGCUUGACCAGGAUCACAAUGUGAGGGUCUAUGUGGAGGAGCAGGAUGAUCUCGAUGGCUCAUCUUGGAAAUGCAUUGUUAGAAAUCGAGAUGAUUUGGCGCAGAUCCUUGGACUAUUAAAGACUCAGAUUGAUCCUGCACUUUUAGUCAAGAAGGACCAGGAGGAGGGGUCAUCUAGUAACAGCCCAAACCCAGAGGAUGAAGAGAACAAGAAGAAAGAUGAUGGAGAGGUCAAGGAAGAAAAUGAUUUGGAAGUAGAAAAGUCAAAAGAUGCAUGUCCUGUCUCUCCCAAGACUGAGAAAGAAGGCCAACCCUCAGAAAAAGCUGAUUUAAAACAAGAAACUACAGAGAACAAUGAAGCAUUAAAAGAUAAAACGGACGUAAAAGAAGAAAAUAAGAAUCAAUCUGACAAGCCAGUGGAAAAAGAUGGAAUCAUUAUUCGAACGAUCAAAGAGGAGCCCAUGGAGGAAGAUCCCAAAACCUUAGCAGAGUCACCACCAGAAAAAAGCUGCGGUGCUCCUUCAGAACCAGCAGAGGAUUUGCAGAAAAAGCCUUCAGAGGAGGUACAGAGAGCAAUUAAAAAUGACCAGCAAGCUAAAAUACCCUUGAAAAAGAGAGGGAUGAAACGGAGCGAGGAUUUUGAGACCACCAACUGUGGAAGUGGCAGCAGCAGCAUCAUUGUGCGUAAUCCAGCAGUCGCUGUAAUAAAAGAAACCCAGGCAGCCAAUGAGGAGAAUGCAGUAAACGGUGACAAGCUGAAUGGAGAUAUCUCCUCUGAAAUUAAGAAAAUCUCAGAAAUAAAGCAAAAAGAAACAGUGCAACCUGAAAAGUCUAAAGAUCAGCACAAAGAACCCAGUGUGAAGGAAGCAAAAAAUCAACAUUCAGAAACAGAAGAAAUAAAAAAAACAGAGGAACCAAGUAAAGACAAAGAAAAGAAACAGAAAGAAGAGUCUGUGAAGAAGGAUGAGACCCAAACUAGUGUAGAAGAACCUAUGGAAGUUGAUAAACCUGAUGGUACCACAGCCAUGAAAGCUGAUCAGGAAACACAACCAAAACAACAAGAAGCUGCUGCUGAGAAGACAUCCAAACAUGAAGAACCUUCGCAAACUCCAACAGAUGUGGAAAAGACUUCUCAAACAACUGAAAAAAACUCUCAGCCAUCUAGUACAGAUGUUGCAGCAGAAUCUUCAGACUCUUCUCCGAAGAUAAAACCUGAAGAAUCCAGUAAAAUGGACACCACAGACCAAUCUGAACCUGAAAAAAUUAUACCGGUUACUUCAAACAAGAGUCCUAAAGAAUUGGAACCAUGCCUUAAAAAAGUAGAAGACACAAAAGAUGUAAAAGACCAAGAAAUGAAAGAUCUGUCUGAUGACGUCAAUAAAACAAAUACUCCAGAGUUAAAAGAGAAAGCCGAUUCUUCUAAAGAGCUGAGCACAUUGCCUGCUUCUAUGGAGACUGAGACAACACCUACAUCUUUGGAAAAGUCCCAAGCCUCUCCAAAGACGGAUAGUUCUACUCAAGAAGAGAGUGUAAAACCUGUUGCUGUUAAAGAGACUAGCUCUGACAAUGCCUCAGUACAAGAUCACCAAAAGUCUAAACCAGACGAGCUUCCUGAGGAGAAUAAACUCCCCGCCAUUAAGGAAAGUCAAGAAUCUGAUGCUUUAAAAAAAGAGACAAAAGCAGUGUCUGAAUGUACAGACAUUUCAGAGAAGGAGAAACCACCUUCUCCAAAACAAAAGGAUGAAACGUCUACAUUGGAAUCCUCUGAAAAAGCAUCAUCCAGUGAUGAUGGAAAAAUUAAGUGUACACAGAGUGAGACUUCUAAAUCAGAUCAAGACUCCAAAGAAACUGGAUCAACACCUACAGGGAAGGAAUCACCAGCCCUACCGGAUGUCCAGAAAAAGGCAGAGGAUUUUCCCUCACCUCAAGAAAAAUCUAAAGUAGAGAAUGAGAAUAAGCAAAUGGAAGUUACUUCAGAGGACUCCAAAAAGAACGUUGAUCAAGUGUCCAAAGGUAGUGAAGAGGUCCCAGGACAGAAGAUCCAGAAAGUUCCAGAAAUCCAGCAGGAAAAGAAAGACGAAGGAAAAGAUUCUGUACCUCAGACUGAGACUUGCAAGAAGCAGGAUGAGCAGGACAAGUGUCCAGAGGCGAAGGAAAUGUCUCUGAAAGAGCAAGACAAAUCUCCUGAGAGUAAGGACAAAUCUCAGAAAGAGCAGGACAAGGAGAAGUCUCUGGAGGGGCAAGCAAAGUCUCUAAAAAAGCAGGACAAAGACAAGUCCCCUAAAGAGCAAGACAAGGAUAAGUCUGUGAAAGAUCAGGACAAAGACAAAUCUCAAAAAGAGCAGGAGAAGGACGAAUCUCCAAAAGAGCAGCAGAAGGACGAAUCUCCAAAGGAGCAGGAGAAGGACAAAUCACAAAAAGAGCAGGAGAAAGAAAAGUCUUUGAAAGAGCAGGACAAGGACAAGUCUUUGAAAGAGCAGGACAAGGACAAGUCUUUGAAAGACCAGGUCAAGGACAAGUCUUUGAAAGAGCAGGAGAAGGACAAAUCUUUGAAAGAGCAGGAGAAGGACAAGUCUCAAAAAGAGCAGGAGAAGGACAAGUCUUUGUUGAAAGAGCAGGACAAGGACAAGUCUUCGACAGAGCAGGACAAAUCUCAGAAAGAGCAGGAGAAGGACAAGUCUCCAAAAGAGCAGGACAAGGACAAGUCUUCAGAGGGGCAAGUCAAGUCUCUAAAAGAGCAGGCAAAGGACAAGUCUGUAAAAGACCAGGACGAGGACAAGUCCCCUACAGAACAGGACAAGGAAAAGUCUCUGGAUGAAGAAAAGCCUCAAAAGAAAAGCAAGAGUUGUAAGGAUAAAACCAAAAUCGAUGAAAGUUCUGUAGAGGAAAAGAAAGAUGAAGGCAUUGAGAAAAGUUCUUCUGAAGAGACAGGCGAAAAAGUUUCAGAGGAGAAAAAGACAGAGACAGGCAAAAAGGGGGUGAAGGCAAAUAAGGAGAAACCAUCUGAAGAACCACAGGAAGGAAUUCGCAUUAAACUCAAAGUCCCGGUUAGUAGGCGAAAGGCAGAUCUGUUAAGAGACGAAGGCAAGGGAGACUCUGAGUCGGAAGCCAGCGAAGGAAGGUGCUUAAGGCGCUCACCAAGGAUCUGCAGACCCUCAGCCAAAGUGGUCGAGAUCCAAGACCGGAAAGUUGAGAAGAAGCAGGCCACCUCUUUGACAGAGAAGGACAAGGAUGAAAGUGACGAAAAAGAGGAGGAGGAAAUCACAGUACAGAAGAAACCGAGGGAGAGGAAGGUUGAUCCAGAAGCUCAAAAUAAACCGAAGGGGCGACGCCGAAAGAGGACCUGCUGGUCCAACACUCGAACGCGGCGCAAAAAGAAGGGCUCAGAAGACGAAGAUGACGAGAGUUCAAGUGAGGAAGAGGAAACGGAGGAAGAUGACAGUGAUGAGGAUUUCAAGGUGGUGAAAUCCAGAAAGAGGAGGAGGAACUGCGACAGAGUGAAGAACUCUGAUUCUUCUACCUCGUGUUCAGAGGAAGAACUUCCGAAUGAUGACCCCUGCAAACACUGUGGCCUGCCCAACCAUCCUGAGCUGAUUCUUCUCUGUGAUUCGUGUGACAAUGGAUAUCAUACAGCUUGUCUCCGGCCUCCUCUUAUGAUCAUCCCAGAUGGAGAAUGGUUCUGUCCACCCUGCCAACAUAAAUUGCUUUGUGAUAAGCUGGAAGAACAGCUGGUUAAUAUCGAUGCAGCGCUUAAGAAGAAGGAACGGGCGGAGAGAAGGAAAGAGCGCCUGGUUUAUGUUGGGAUCAGCGUUGAGAACAUAAUCACACCUUCUGUUGAACCAGAAGAAGAAAAAGAAGAGGAAGACAAGGUGAAGGAAAAGAAGGAGGUCAAGAAAGUCAAGUCCUGGGGUCGAAGAUCAACACGAGCAAAGAAAUAUAUUAGCUACAGGUUUGAUGAGUUUGAUGAAGCGAUCGAGGAAGCAAUUGAAGAAGACAUUAAAGAAGCAGAAGGAGGAGGAGCGGGUCGAGGAAAGGACAUGGCCAAUAUCACAGGCCACCGAGGGAAGGACAUGUCCACCAUCUUACAGGAAGAAGGAAAGGAGAACGGGCGGCCCCAGAGGACCAGCACAGUUCAGCGGAGAAAAAAGCGGCGGCGCCUCAACGACCUGGACAGUGACAGCACUGUGGAGGAAGAGGAGAGUGAGGACGAGUUCCGCCUCAGUGAAAGCAGUGAGGAGGAGUUUGUCGCGUCUGGUAACGCAGAGAGCGAAGCAGAGGGCCAGUCGUUUGAUGAUAGUGACUUUGGCAGUGAUGGCUGUGGUCCAGCCAAACGCAUGUCGUCCAGGCGAACGGCCGCUAGGCGCCGGAGCACUCGGACUCGCAGGAGACGCAGACCCAGAGGUUCCUCUGACGAUGAAGAGCUUGAGGAUACUGAGGAAGAGGAGGAUGAAAUUGUUACCGAAGGAUCAAGUGACUACAGUGAGAAUGAUCUGGACAUGCGCAGACGCCGCUCUCACCGGAGCCGGAAGCAGCAGGUUAAUUACCGUGAGACCUCAGACUCUGAUGGCUCGCAGACAAGCAAAAACAAAGACAAGCAAAAGAGCCGUAGACGUUUGUCCAGCUCAGAGAGUGAAGCAAGUUUCAACUCUGCGGAUUCUGAAGAAGACGCCCGUAAGAGUAAGAAGCGAAAAGCCGACUCGUCUGAAGAGGAUUCCCGCAAACGGCGCCGGCCUCAGACACUCAAGCGCAGGAGAGAGUCUGAGGAGGACGACGACGACGACGACGAUGAUGACGAUUCGGACGAAUCAGAAGAAGAGGAUCGGCCAGUUCGCAAGAGGGUGAACCGCAUCGAUUCGGAUGACAGCGAGGAGGAGGAGAAGGAAGAGAAGAAAGAGGAGAAGGAGAGCAAGGAGGAGAAGAAGACGACGACUACCACCACAACCUCCACCCCCAACGCUGCAGAGAAGGACAAGGAUGCGGAAAAGGAGACGGAGGCGGAGGAUGUCCUGGGAAAGGGCGUUGGCACGCUUGACUACAACCUGGAGGAGCUUCCUGCCACUAACGGACAGAGCCCCAUGAAAAGCCUGGAGGGGCUGGUCCCACGACCUGCCGCGGGCACAGGGAACCCUGCUCUCGUGGGUAACGUGGGCUUAAAAAACAGCAGUGCGCCGCCACCUGUAGCCAUGGCUGCCAAUGGCCUGGCCCCCCAGGAGAUGGCGCCACAGGACGAAGAGGAGGAUGACCUAUUAGGGGUCACAGACCUUGUAGACUAUGUCUGCAACAGUGAACAGUUGUAAGACAUGGCAUACUUUUUCUUUAUUUUUCUCUCUCUUGCGGUUUUUCUAAGUCCUCUCUUUCUCCACCUUCCCACUCUCCUACACUGAUCCAUUAACCCUUUUCAAUGCUUACUGUUUUUUGGGUUUUGCAUCAUUGCCAUGUUACUCACCGUAUAACCUGGACAGUGUUGAGCUUGACAGUUCUGUGUUCUGUGUGCCGGCAGGAAAGACGAUUGAUGAAAGAGGAUUCUGGGCGAUGGAGUAGGCAGGGCACCAGAGCAUAGUCUCCGGUUUGCCCUUCUACUCGAGAUGGUCCAAACUACUGUGGGAAGGUCAUCAGCUUGGCAGAGGCUGGUGUGGGAUGCAGGUUUGCAUUAGUCACUCCCCAGCAGGAGCAGCACCUGAACAAAAACGAUGUAAAUAAAUCCACCAAACGAAGGUGUAGAUGGUUGGUGGGGUGUCGAGAGGCUCCCCCUCAAGAUGUUUUUAUUUUUUACAAAUCUUUGUGAGUGUAAAAAGUCACCAAGCCUCGGGCAAAUGUAGAAACAACCUCCCCAACCUCUCUCUUACACUAAAUCGUGUAGCCAUUCCUUUUCAGCAAAUCAGAAACCUCAUGUAGAGACAUUCAUGUGGUAUGUUUCCAUUGUUUGUUUAAUUAGAAAAUACAUGAGUAUUGUUCUUUUUCCAUUGCUGUUUUUUGUUGUUUUUUUUGCUGGGAAGUGAAAGAAAAUGAAAGUGAGAAUGGCAAAAGGAAAAUACAAGGUCAAGAUACAAGAAUGAAUGCAUUCCAGUCAAACAUCUAGACACGGUUAACUUUUGUUCUCAAGAACACUUAUUUAGCAUAUAGUUUGGCCUCUCUUGCUAAACUAUAAUAUAUUGUUCUAAAUGUGUCUGCCCCUUCUCCUCCUCAGUGGCUGGUGUGGGAUAUGCUCUUGAAUGUCUUGAACACUGAUUGGUUUAAACCUUUUAGUUACAUUUUGUUUUUGGAAAACAUACAUAUAUAAGCUUUGUUUUGUUAUACUAUUUAUUACAUUUUUUUUAGCUAAUUGCAACUCAAUCAUAGUCAAUCAGAUAUUUCCUUUACAAGGGCAACAGCUGAUCAUAAAGAUUGGAUCAAAAAAUUCCUAAUAAAAAAAAAACCUAACAUUUCUCCAGGGGAAUCCAGAGAUUACUACCAAAUGUGUUUUAUUUUAAAGAACAUUACAUUACCUCUUAAAACUAUUAAAGUAAAAAAUAAUGGGGUGAAGACUCUUCGUAAUAAAUCCUGCUUCUUUCUAGUCUGCUUUGACUGUUUUACAGUUAACUCGACGUCACUUUGACUGCAUUUUAGUAGAAUUGAAAAGAUUGUCCUAAAUCAAACACUAUUAUUACCACGGCAGCUUGAGAGAGUGCGUCAAAGGCCAAACUAAAACUAAGAAUUAAUUUGUGCUGUUAUUGUAUGUGAUCAUGUAUAUGUGUAAAACGUAGACUAUUUCAGCAUUCAGCGUAUGUUUAGAUUGAUGAACCUCACAUAAUAUAAUGAUGAUAAAAAUAAUAAUCUUUUUUUUUUCUUCAUUUUUUUUAAGUAGUUCUCUGAAGGAUAGAUAUGGGUUAUCCCUGUUUGGGGGAUUUGUCUCAUAUAUUAUUCUGUGCUUUUCAGUCAUGCAAGUCAUUUCAUCUCAUUUAUUUCUAAAUAUUUAAUAAAGGGAUUUUUUUCUUCUUCUUUUUUUUUCCCCCCCACCACAAGACUCCACAUGCCAACCUAUUAUUUUCUUUUGUAUGCUAUUUUAUCUUCCAGGAUUAUAUAUAUAUUGACAUUGUAACCUGUUGUUUUCUCGAUUUCUGGAUUUCUGUAUACAUAGACUGUUUCUAUUUUUCUUUCUGAGCAAUAUAUAUUUUUCUUGUUAGCUAAAUAAUAAUAAUAAUACAAAAUAUACAUGAAUAUACAUGAUUACCGCUGUCCCACCAGUCAGUCCAUCACCAGUGAACUGUUCUGUUCUAUUCUGAACUAUUCUUUACCAGUGUUUUUGGACAGGCAGAGAUUCCUGAGAUCCUCGUUGUGGUAUUAUUUAACAUGUCGAACAGCGUACAGACUACCUUGCAAUCAGUCAAAGCCUUCCUCCAGUUAUUCAGCACAGAAUUCUGCAGGUUUGCAUAUGGAUUCUGUAUAAACAGAUCAAGCACGGACACUGGUACGGAAGGGACAUUGGCUUGCAGCACCGGUGGGUGGAGACGUACGUCGGUGGACGAGGGCAGACAACUUGGGAGAAAGCAACGUAAUAUACGGAGUUUAUCUUUGCGUGUACUAUAUCUGUAGUUUUUUGCUGUAACAUAGUUAGAAGCAUUUUUAAAUCAUUCAAACGAUAUAUAUUUAGCAGUCCUUUAUGAUUGCAACUGUUUAUAUUUCUUUCUUUUUUUUUUUUUGUAGUAGGUUGUGGCACCAACACAACUUUUGUACAAUUUUAAAGUGUCUAAAGUGAGUCAUGGCAUGUUUGUUCUGUCCGAGUUGAUCUGUGGAGAUUAGCUGCGUUUUCUAAAGAGAUGUGCGUGCGUGUGUGCUGGCUUGAUUCAGCUGAAUCCGGAGGUCAUUAGUGUGGCUUGGAUUGAGUUAUCCAUGAAUAAUCCAUGAAUCCAGCCCUGUGUGUAUGAAUGUAUGUGUGUUUAUGUAUGUAAGUAUACCUCCUCUAGUGAGGAUUGUUCCAUCCUUAAUUUGCUUUUUUCCACAGCCGGCACGUUGUUUCACUGCUUGCUCAAACGUUGUACAUAUGUAACCUGUCCUCGGAGGGUGUUUUGGCUGAAGUGCGCUGUGUGUGUAUCUGAGCUACAAUAGCUGGGCUCUGAGGAGUUGUGUGGUGAGGUUGUGAAACAGCAUUUUUGACUGAGAGCUUUGUAAAAUGUCUUGUAAAAUAAUGUUGAAGCUUGGCAUGCACAUUUCUCCUAAUUAGCCCGGUUUUAUUUUAUUUUAUAUAUUUUUUUUGCAGUUAUUCUUCAUAUAUAUGGUGCUUAAAGCCUGGGCCAUGAUGAAUCUUUAAAAAAAUCACAAAGUCACAUUUUCUCAUUUUUACUGCUGGUAUGAAUAUUCUUAUGCCACAUUUGCCAGAUGUUCCCUAAGCAACCUGUAAAUGUCAGUAAAUAUCGGUGAAUAUCUUCUCCCUUUGAUUCUAAACAGUAUUUGGAUGCUGCAAAAAUCCUACGUUUUCAACCUAAAGCUAAAAACAUACUUUUAUCUACCAUUUCCCUUUACAUUUUUGGACCAGACUGUCACAUGAUACAAAUCUAGGCUUAUGACUGGGUGUUUUACGACUUGCAGCAGAAUGAGCUGUAAUUAGUCCCCAGAGUGGUUCAACUAAUGUGGAUUCAGUUCACAGUUUAAUGAAAAGGAGUUGGUGCCAAUGAAAUUCAGUAUUUUCAGUAAUUGGGUUGUAGAUGGAGGCAAGAGGCCAAAAUAGGUGUGUGCAGAUGGUUGGGUCUGGUUGGGCAUUAGCUUCUAGAGAUGUCCUCUGUCUUUGUUGUUUUCCUUCCAUUUGUUUUUUGUUUUGUUUUUUGUUAACUGUAUUGUAAUUUCUUUCAUAUAAAUACAAUCUUGUACAUUUGUCAUAAUAAAAGGGUAUUACACCUCUA